AGAUCAGUGGUAAGAGUGAAUAAGAAGGGUUUAGAUGAAAACAGCUUGGACAUGAUUGUGUUUUGGAUUAGAAACCUACAUUACUCUGCAGCAGAUGUUAGUAAAUUCACAGCAAUGAGUUGAGGUGGUUUGUGGGCUCUGGGAUUAGAUAGGCACAGCAACAGAAUUAUAAGCAGUUUGUUGCCCUCAAAGCUUUAUGCACAGAGUUUCUUCUUACUCAUUCUGUGAAACACAUAGAAAAUAUUGGAUGUGCCAUUAUAAAUUGGAAUAUCAUGAAUCUUCCAUCAGAAGUUGCUUCAUCUGCAAGGUUCCUACACAAGACAACAUCAAUUGAACUCAAAGAAGUUGUUCAUUGGCGUCGUGCAGUCAUGGCUAUGAGCUUCAACUUAGUAUCCCUCACACUCUCUACCAUAGCCCUACUUAGCAGCUAUUGGUGCGAAGGCACCCAGAAAGUUCCAAAGCCUCUUUGUGGGAAUGGUAAGGCUACCAAAUGCAUAGUUGUUCCAAUAGCCGUGGAGAGCGUCAAUGCAUCUGGGCAAGAUGUGGUCCAUUAUAGCUGGGAGACUGGAGAUGACAGGUUUGCUUUCCGCUAUUUUCAUACCGGGAUCUGGUAUUCUUGCGAGGAAAACAUUCUAGGUACAGAUGAGAAGUGCCGAAGCUUUCUAGAAUUAACGCCACCAGCUGAAAGAGGAAUUCUAUGGCUGUCCUUGGGUUCUGAGCUGAUUUACAUUACACUAUUGGUAAUUAGUUUUGGGCUUCUGCUACUGGAAAUUGUAUACACUGGGAAUCCUGUGUGUGGACUAAAGCUCAAUGCGUUUGCUGCAAUGUCAUCAGUACUUUCCGGAUUGCUGGGAAUGGUGGCACACAUGAUGUAUAGCCAGGUUUUCCAAGCCACUGUUAGCUUGGGACCAGAAGACUGGAGACCACAUUCAUGGGAUUAUGGAUGGGCUUUUUAG